GCUGCGAGCGAGCUAGACGGGAGGGAGAGCGAACGAGCGAGGAGCGGGCGAGCGAGCGGCGGGCGGGCGCGGAGCAUGCGGAGCGGCGCCCCGGGCGGCCUCCGGGCUUGGGCGCGGGCGAGGCGCGCGGGCGGCGGGGGCGCGGAGCUGCGCGGGGCCGGCGGCGGGAGCGAGGACGGAUCGCUGUGACUCAGGAGCCGCUCGGGAGCCGGCGCCUGGCCAGGGGGCCCCGCCCGCCUGUCGGCCGGCCCGGGCCGGCGGGGAGGCGCCCAUGCGGGGCCGCGAGGCGCGGUGAGGGCGCGCGCGGGCGGGCGGGCGGGCGCGCAGCCGCCACCAUGUCCAUGCUGCCCACCUUCGGCUUCACGCAGGAGCAAGUGGCGUGCGUGUGCGAGGUGCUGCAGCAGGGCGGCAACAUCGAGCGGCUGGGUCGCUUCCUGUGGUCGCUGCCCGCCUGCGAGCACCUCCACAAGAAUGAAAGCGUGCUCAAGGCCAAGGCCGUGGUGGCCUUCCACCGGGGCAACUUCCGCGAGCUCUACAAAAUCCUGGAGAGCCACCAGUUCUCGCCGCACAACCACGCCAAGCUGCAGCAGCUGUGGCUCAAGGCGCACUACAUCGAGGCGGAGAAGCUGCGCGGCCGGCCGCUGGGCGCCGUGGGCAAGUACCGCGUGCGGCGCAAGUUCCCGCUGCCGCGCUCCAUCUGGGACGGCGAGGAGACCAGCUACUGCUUCAAGGAGAAGAGCCGCAGCGUGCUGCGCGAGUGGUACGCUCACAACCCCUAUCCGUCGCCACGGGAGAAGCGCGAGCUGGCCGAGGCCACCGGCCUCACCACCACGCAGGUCAGCAACUGGUUCAAGAACCGGCGGCAGCGCGACAGGGCGGCCGAGGCCAAGGAAAGGGAGAACAGCGAGAACUCCAAUUCCAGCAGCCACAACCCGCUGGCUUCCUCGCUCAAUGGCAGUGGCAAGUCGGUGCUAGGCAGUUCCGAGGACGAGAAGACGCCGUCGGGGACUCCAGACCACUCGUCGUCCAGUCCCGCUCUGUUGCUCAGCCCGCCGCCGCCCCCUGGGCUGCCUUCCCUGCACAGCCUGGGCCACCCUCCGGGCCCGAGCGCAGUACCCGUACCAGUGCCCGGUGGAGGCGGCGCGGACCCACUGCAGCAUCACCACAGCCUGCAGGACUCCAUACUCAACCCCAUGUCUGCCAACCUUGUGGACCUGGGCUCCUAGAGCUCUGUUCGCCUCCGGGCGCUUGCUUUCCGUGCUUGGUGAGGCGGUGUGGGAGGGCGAUAGAUUCUGGAGUCUGUGCCGCGUACUGGAAGACUGCCCUGCCACGCUGGAGCGGCAGAACCGGCGGCGGGACAAAGUGGACAAUGGUCUGCUCGGUAUCCUUUGGGGAUUCAUUUUCAACAAGUUGCUUUUGAGAUCCUUUGGAGGCCAGGGACCGAGUCUUGAACUAGGCAAGGGAAUAAAUUAUAAGCCACCACCA